CAUAUACGUUCAUCCCCACCGAAAGCAGAGCAGACCAAAACAAAUCACCUCUUGUUUUCUUCUCUCCAUCCUCUUCUUCAUCCCCCACUGAUUUAUACAUAAAUAAAUCAUUCAUUAACUGAAUUAAUUAUCAUCAUGGAAUUAGCAGCCGCGUCUUCGGCUUCACGGCCGACUGGUGCCUCCCUUAGCAAGAGGCCGUCAUCGAAGUCGUCGUUUCGGCUUCGGUGCGCGAGCCUAAAUUCCCUCCGCCUCCGCCGCAUCUUCGACGUGUUCGACAAAAACCAAGACGGGUUCAUCAGCGUCCACGAGAUCGGCCAAGCCCUCGCUCUCCUCGGCCUUGAUGUCGAAAUCUCCGACCUCCAUUCCACGGUCAAAUCCUUCAUCCAACCCUCCAAUGACGGCCUCAGCUUCGACGACUUCCUCUCCCUCCACCAGUCCCUCUCCGACACCUACUUCGCCUACGACGACGAAGAGUCUGUCGUUGCUUCUUCCGCAGAAUGCGAAGGAAAGGGGAAGAUGUCGCAGGAGGAGUUGGAUCUUUCGGAGGCGUUCAAGGUGUUUGAUGAGGACGGAGAUGGGUUCAUAUCGGCUAAGGAGUUGCAGGUGGUGCUUGCCAAGCUAGGGUUCCAGGAAGGCAAUGAGAUUGAUAGAGUUCAGCAGAUGAUCACCUCCGUUGACCGCAACCACGAUGGCCUCGUUGACUUGUUCGAGUUCAAGCACAUGAUGCGCACCACUGUUCUUGUUCCCUCCUCGUAAACUCAUGAUCAAAUGUGAUUCGACCCACCGACGGUAUAUAUCUGCACAUGCAUGCAUGCUUAAUUAUGGACCCUACGUACUUACGUGGCUCGAUCAUGUCUAGAUCAUAUUGUAAUCAUUGCCUUUGAUUGAUAAUGAUAAAGCUUUGGCUGUGCUUUUUAUGGUG